AUGGCACCAGUUGUGGAUAAAUCGGCCAUUCCUGGCACAGUGACACUAGUGGAUGUGGAGCAUGUCCUGCAUACACGCCAUCUGGACAGUGGAAAUGGGGAUAUUGUGUUGAUUCCGACCCCUUCGCAUGAUCCAGAUGAUCCGUUAAAUUGGAGUCGCAAGCGGAAAUUGCUAUCGACUGUUUGUGUGAGCGUUUAUACUCUGUUCGCUGGUAUCGCCUGCUCGGUGGUAUACUCCGUGCUCACCCCUCUAUCAAAAGAGACCGGGCUCUCAGUGAGCACACUCAAUGAAGGAACUGGGUACAUGUUUCUGCUGGCUGGAUGGGGUUUGCUAUUCUGGCAGCCCUUUGCUAUGCAAUUUGGCAAGCGUUUGACCUUUAUACUCUCUCUGGCUGGUAUCUUGGGUACUACAAUGUGGGGACCAUAUGCAAACACUCAAGGCCAAUGGAUUGCUCGAAAUGUCAUCUCGGGCUUUUUCACUGCACCCAUCGAAGCCCUCCCUGAAAUCAGCGUGACAGACGUGUAUUUCACCCACGAACGCGGCACAUACAUGGGCCUCUACGCUUUUUUCCUCGCCGGCAGCAACUACUUCGCCCCAGUAAUCUGCGGCUUUAUCGCCGAAUACCAAGGCUGGCGCUGGGUAUUCUACUGGCCCAGCAUCUUCGUCGGCUGCGCCAUGAUCUUUUUAUUCUUUUUCAUGGAAGAAACAAACUACGUCCGCGAACGUGCCGAAGAUAGCACUAUCGCCAACGUGCGUUUGAGCUCGUCGAAUAGUUCACAAAGUGGCGAUCCUGAGAAAGGCGUUCCAGUAUCGGAUCCGCCGACGCAGACUGAGGAGGGCACUGUUUAUACGAAGAAGUCGUAUAUUCAGAAACUUGCUCUUCUGGGGCCGAAGCAGAAGCAGAAUACUAUGUUUCGGCGGCUUUGGCAGACGAUUUAUUACCUUUCGUGGCCGGUUAUUUUUUAUGCUGGAUUUUCAUAUGGUUCAUACCUCGUUUUAUUCAAUAUCCUGAAUGGCACGGCUUCCAUCAUUUUGGGCUCCGCACCGUACAAUUUUGGCACCUCCAUGGUCGGUCUCAGCUACGUCGCAUGCUGCCUAGGAGUAGCAAUCGGCUCCAUCUUCACCGGCCGCUUCAGCGACUGGCUAACCAUCAAGCUCGCCCGCCGCAACGGGGGCGUAAUGGAAGCUGAGCACCGACUAUGGCCAUUCCUCGCCUGUCUCAUCCUCGUUCCCGGGUCUCUGCUUUUGUGGGGUGUCGGUGCCGCACACGAGGUCCACUGGUUUGGCCUCAUGGUGGCUAUGUGCAUGCUCGCAUUCACCAAUACCUGCGGAAUCACCCUGAGUGUGAAUUACCUGGUUGACAGCUACCGGGAGCUGAGUGGCGUCGCUAUGGCGAGUGUGAUUCUUGUGCGGAACACUAUGUCCUUUGCUAUUGGAUAUGGUAUCACGCCAUGGAUCGAUAAUAUGGGGUACCAGAACUGUUUUAUUUCGGCUGCUUUUGUUGGUAUGGCUUGUGCGGCGGUGUUCCUGGUUAUGAUCAAAUUUGGAAAGUCGUGUCGGAUUCGUAGUCGGGAGAAGUAUUGGGCGAUUGUGCAAGAGAACUGGGAGAAGGGAAUGGGUCAUUAG